AUGGCACUGUCCAAGCUGCGCCAACACUCGUUAAGCCUUGCCGAUCUUGUCAAACACGGCCGUCCUCCUCUUUCCGAGAAGUCACUUCUCUCCUCCGCCAACUUCACCCUCUCUCUAUUACCGAUCCGCCUCGCCCACCGACUCCAAGCCCUCCGCAACCUCCCAUACAUUGUCGUGUCGAACCCCAACAUCUCUCGUAUAUACAGCACCUACCUCAACUCGCUCUCCAUCCUCCUGCCGUACUGGCGAGCGGCAGCCGAGGGCCGUCCGAUCAACUCUCUGGAAGAAGAGAUCCGCUUCACCAACACCCUGGCCGAGCUCGUCGCCAUGCACACCGACACCAUCCCCAUCCUCGCCCGCGGGUUCCUCGAAUGCCGGCGGUACAUCUCCCCCGCCCAGGUCACCACCUUCCUCGACGAGCACCUGCGCGCCCGCAUCGGCACCCGCCUCGUCGCGGAGCAGCACAUCGCCCUCCACUUCAGCAGCCAGCCUCACUUCGACCCGGAGGCCAGCCCGACCCCCUGCCCCGAGCACCCCUCCUUCAUCGGCGUCAUCGACACCGCCCUCAAGCCCGCCACCGUGGUCGACAGCUGCGCCGGCUUCGUCGCCGACAUCUGCGAGCUCCGCUACGGCACCCGACCCCCCGUCAUCAUCGACGGCGAGCCCGACACCACCUUCGCCUCCGUCCCCAUGCACCUCGAGUACAUCGUCACCGAGAUGCUCAAGAACGCCUUCCGCGCCACCAUCGAGAACAGGUCCAGGGAGCCCGUCGUCGUCACCAUCGCCCCGGAGCCCCCCCAGCGCCUCAGCCCGGACGCCAUCCCCCACAUCACGCCGCCAGAGAGCAACCGCGGCCAGUUCCGCGCCGAGGCCAUCCUGCCCCUCGACGACAACGCCCCGGGGGUCACCAUCCGCAUCCGCGACCGCGGCGGCGGCAUCCCCCCGCAGGUCGUCCCGGACAUCUGGUCCUACUCCUUCUCCACCUUCUCAGACGACGACGAGUUCCCCGGCUCCAGCGGCUCAGACGGCCUCAGCGCCAUCGCCAACGCCGGGUCCGGUCUCAGCUCCAUUGCCGGGCUGGGGUACGGCUUACCGCUGAGCAGGGCCUACGCGGAGUAUUUUGGCGGCGGCAUCGCCGUCCAGAGCCUCUACAGAUGGGGAACGGAUGUCUAUUUACGACUGAAGGGCAUUGGCCAGAUUGACGGCUGA